AAACCCAAUAAUAUUUUAGCAAGCUUGCUUUAGUAGCAUGUCACUUAUGGGCCCGGAAUUCUUUAAUUUUAUAAAGAAGUUAGAAGAAAAUGAUGAUAAGCUGACAUCUGUUACUCCUCUGCAGGAGCCGCUCGAAUUUGAAUACAAUAAUUCAAGUUGUUACGUCUGCAAUGGCUACUACGGCCCCAGCUUUGGUGAACCCGUAUGCGUUACCUGCCACGCAUUUCUCUUCCCUGACUUUCCGUCAUAUCUACCAAGCUCCUAUUUCUGCAGUGAAAAAACUGAUGAUGGUGAUUCUGGAAAUGAUGAACCUUCUGAUCUGAACUUCCAGUUAGAUCGCAGGCUAAACAGAGUUUGUGCUUUUCCUUCUUGGUGUUACAGAAAUUCAUUAGACAGUGAGACAAGCCCUGAAGAUGAAACUAGUCGCACAAGUACCUCCGGACCUGGGGCAAGCAGAAGUAUUAGUGAAGGCAGUGGUUCAGGAAUGCCUCUAGGCCCUAUUGAUAUAGCAGCAAGAGCACCACCUCCACAGCCCCCUAGCUUGGCACGUUCCUUGCAAGCUUUGUCAACUCCAAGGCUUCCAGAUAAUUUAGCUCCUGGAUUAGUGGAGCAUUUGCCUUCUGAAGUGCUGCUAUGCAUCUUCAGUUACUUGGAUGACAUGUCUUUGAGUGCGUGUGCAUGCGUAUGCGCUCGCUGGUGGCGACUGGUGCGCGCGCACGUGCCGCCGCCGCGCUGGGCCGCGUUCACCACACGACGUUGGCCGCUCUUCCGGCCUCUCCUGCCCAACCUUGACUGGCAUAAGAAAUAUCAAGCGCUGGUAGAUUCAUGCUUCUGCCGGCACUGCCUGGUGCAGAUGUCAGUGUUAGCUCAGCCGGUCGGCGAAGAGAACGCCUGGCGCAGGAACAGGCUGCGCACUGAAUCAAAGAUGAUGCGCAAUGACCCGCCGGAGGGCAUCGCGGCGGCUCCGCUGGAUCCCAAGUGCUGUCACUGGCAGGCCAGCGUCACGGGGCCAGUCGACUCGCCUUACGAGGGCGGCGUCUUCUAUCUAUACAUACAAGUGCCCUACUCUUACCCAAUGAACCCUCCUGUGGUGCGGUUCCUUACACGCAUUCUACAUCCCAACGUGUCUCGUCACGGCGACGUCGGCAUCGACUCUGUGCACCACAACUGGUCGCUGGCACUCACCAUCGGCAAAGUCCUCAUCUCCAUACAGAGUCUGCUCACAGAUCCAUACACCACGGUUUGUAUGGAGCCGGAGUUGGGAGAGAUGUAUGUUCACGAUCGCGCUCGUUUCGAGAGCCUCGCGCGGCGCUGGACUUGGCGCUACGCCAUGCACGACAUUCUGCCUAACUAAAUUGUACUCUGCUGCUUAUACAAUAAGACAUAUUGUGGGUUGAUACUAAACUUGUACGAGGCAUAAAACGCUAAAAGAAAUUUUGAUAUGUCCAUCCUUCUCAUUCUCUUAGGA